AUGCGCUUCCUCUCCCUCGCCAUCCUCGCCUCCAGCGCCACUGCCUGCUUCCAAACAAGCCGGUGCUCCGCGCCCAACGGUCCCGACAUCGCCGUGCAAUCAAACGGGAAAAACGACCCGGAACACAACCAAGCCAGAGUCACGGUCGCUUUCAAGGACGGGAGAUAUGGACCAAACACUUUUGCCGGAAUUGUCAAUCAUCUGCGUUGCGAUGUCAUUGUUAAGAUUAGAUCGCCGGCUGCGAAUGACGCUUUGCAGUGCUGGGUCGUGCCGUAUAAUGAGCAGUGUAAUCUUGAUGUGUCGAUUGCGGGACUUUGGUACCGUCAGUCUUGUACAUCCUAG